AUGCUUCAGGUGAUCAUGCGUAACUUGACCACAGAAGAAAUGUCUGUCUUCACCUAUGAAGACUGGCUCUCCAAAACACGUGGACCCAAGAGGCCCACGAUCUGUAAGAUGGCUGCUGUGGUGGAUGAGGAGACAAUGGUGGAAAUCACUACUUACAUCAUCCAGGUCAAGACCAGUGAUAUUUCAGGGUCAGGCACUGAUGCUAAUGUAUGGGUUAUUGUUUUUGGACAGAAUGGAGACACAGGGACACUGGCGCUCAAAGAGUCCAACAACUCCAACAAGUUUGAGCGCAAGCGGAUGGACAUAUUUCGCUUCCCAGAUGUCCUAAGCUUGGGAGAGCUCUCCAAAGUGCGGGUAUGGCACGACAACACGGGGUCAGUGACUCUGUUGACAGUACAAUGUCUUUCUUCGGGGUGGCAUCUGGAGUAUAUAGACAUAAAGGAUGAGGUGCUAGACAAAACAUUUCGCUUCCCAUGUGACCGCUGGCUUGCCAAGAAUGAAGAUGAUGGACAGAUCAUGAAAGAACUGGCCUGUGCUAACAACGACAUCUUAGACCUCAACGAGAAGACCAAAUAUGAAAUUCUUGUCAAAACGGGAAACAAGGAUGAGGCUGAAACUAAGGAAAAUGGCUGGAUAGUACUUGAGGGGAAGAAGGACUGAUCAAAGGAAUUUGUAAUGGAAAAUUCCUCAAAGAAGAAGAGGUUCUUGCGCGUGGAAUGCUCCCACUGUGACGACUGGGAUUUGGCUUCCGGGUCGUACCCGUACACCCAGUUGUCCUUAAGGCUUCCAACGGAGGUGUUUUUCCUGUGGCGGGAAUUCAGGCACGUCUUCAGCUGUAAUGCACUCAUCACUCUGUCCCCAAAGAGGGAUGAAUUCCUGACCUUCGAGUGCACAAAGGCCAUUGAGAGCUUUGCCAGUAAAGCUCGAAGUUUGGUGCCCAUCAAGUACGAGAUCAUCGUUAUAACAGGUGAUGAGAAGGGUGCAGGCACAGACGCCAACGUUUUCAUCACCGUAUACGGCUCCAAUGGAGAUUCGGGCCGCCGCCAGCUGAGGCAAAGGUUUCGUAAUCUGUUUGGACGUGAGCAGACGGAUCGUUUCCUCCUGGAAAUGCUGGAUAUGGGAGACCUGCAGAAGGUUCGGGUGGAGCACGACAACACGGGUAUCAACCCUGGCUGGCUGCUGAACCGUGUGGAAGUCACCAAUACAGCCAAUGGCGUCACCACAAUUUUCCUGUGCGGGAAAUGGCUGGACACAAAGAAGGCUGAUGGGAAGACUGUCAGGGUUCUGUACCCAAAAUGUUAA